AUGGCGUGCCCCAGGGAGGACCUGGGCGAACAGCUGGCCGGCGCCGACCACAUCGCGCUGGCCAUCAAGCUGGCAAAGGAACUGGAGCACGGCCUGGAGGAGGGCCUCAAGGCGAAGGGCAGGACCCUUGGGGACAAACUUUUGUGGUGCCACAGACACUGCCCUUUGCCGGGGAAGCUCAGGAAGUGCAUAAAAAAGGUGAAGGAGUUUCGCAACCCGCUGGCCCACAAAUACAAGAAGGAUACGUUGCCGGAUGAUGACUUGAAGUCCCUGCUGGAUAACUACAGCACUGCAGCACGGGAGCUGAAGCUGUUCAUCGCCAGCCUACGCUCGGCUGAAAGCGGAGCCGAAGCGCCGCCAAAGCGGACUGAGGGCACCCGGGUGCACCGCAAGGACUGCCCAGAAGAAAUCGGGAUCGUCGUCGAAGACAACGGGGAAGAGCAAGUGGUCGGGUUCCCAUCGAAGGGCGAGUGCACCGUCGAGGCGGGAGAAAUUGAAGUCGACCCGCUGGGCGAGCUUCUGCAAGUGGGCACCAGGAUAUGUCUUCAAGGCGCGAGUGCCGCUAGGGAGGGGGGAUUUUUUGGACUGAUCGGCACGAUCUUGUCGAUCUCUGACGACGGCAAAGCGACGGUGGAGUUCCCCGAGGCGUUCGGUCAAUCGAUCUGGGAGGGAGAGCUCAGGCACUGCGUGCCGGUGGUCGGCACCGGCCAGGACGCCUCGCCGAUCAAGCCGGGCAUGAAGGUCAGGCGCCGCGACGCGACCGCACACGGCCACCAGGGCGGCUUCGCCGCCGGCACCGUGCGAACGUGGGAGUUCACGGACGAUGGCCGGUACAUGCUGGUUGUGGACUUCACAGAUUCACAAGGCAACACGAUGUCAGAUUUGUUGGAUCCGAAGCAGCUACAACUCUGCGUGGAGGACGGCAUUGCGCCGGGCACCCCCCACGCGGGGCCGCACAGCAGCGGCCACCUGCGCCGCGAGGGCUCCAGCUCGGAUCUCUCCCCUGAGCCGCAGGCGCCAGCGGCAGAUCCCAACAACGGGCUGCCCGGCCCAUCUUCACAGCUUUGCUGCGGCGAAGCGACGAUCGAGGCAAGCGAAUUCAAGCCAGUCGACUCGGCAGUCGUGGAGAACGCGUUGGGGCCUCCCCUCUACCCCGGGAUCGCGAACGGCCCUGUUUUUGCCGUGGGCCGGCAGAGCCUGCUGGCCGUGGGCGCACCGGUGAUGGUUAGAGAACCCGGUCGCUACUGCGACGACGUCGGGAAGCUGAGGGGCAUGGGCCUGCGGAUGCUGUUCACGCUGCAGAGGGGGUGGGUGCGCAAUGCCCUUUCUGGCGGCCGCCACGUGGAGGUUAUGUACAAGGAUGACGCGGAUGAGGAAAGUGUGUUUGCGUUCGAGGUGGGGCACCUUGAAGUUGUGGCGGGAGGAGUGGGGCUCUGGAGGGGCGUCCGCGUGGGGGAUGAGGUCCGCAGGCGGCGCGGGCUGCCGGCGCCUGCCGGGGACGUCUGCUGGGUCGAUCCAGAGGAGACGGGCGUGGUCAGGGGGUGCCUGGAGGGCGGCCGGGGGGCCUAUGUCCUGAGGGUUGAUUUUGGAUGGAAGGGGAUGCUGAGCGUGUCGCCGGAGCAGGUGGAGUCUGGGGCCCGCAGGCCGCCGCUGUCGAUUCGCUUGGUGAAGGGCUUGGAGGGCGGUGAGGCGGGUAUUCAGCCGGUGGCUAGGCGCAUGGCGAUGGACCCUAUCGAGGUGUUGGACAACUCCGGGUCGCACCCAUUCAAACUGCGGAAGUGA